GUCUAAUGAAAGUGCGGAUUACAGUGAACCGGGCCUUGAUACCAGCGGUCGAAUCCCUAUUCAAGAAGCAACUGGAGUCCACCCCUGAAAUGUCCUUCACCACACUAUAGAAAAACGCAUUCUAAAUUGUCAAGUGCGAUUGUCGAAAGAAAGAAGAAGAAGAAGAAGAAGAAGAAAAUAACACAUCCAAAAUGUCUCACAUAAUUGACGACAAAUCUCCCAUCUGCAUACCCUUCAUCCUUGAACGUCUGCACCGGCACCAAGCCAGCAAUUCAGAAAAACCAUUCAUAAUCGGUCUCAACGGCGUGCAAGGAGUCGGCAAGACGACGCUCGUCAAGGCACUUGCCUCGACUUUGCGGGAAAAGGAGGCACUGCAGACAUUAGUCGUCAGCAUCGAUGACUUCUACCUGAAGCAUGAGGACCAGGUCGCGCUGGCCGAGUCCCACCCGGACAACGUGCUGGUAUCAUGCAGGGGCGAGCCUGGAACACAUGACAUGCUCCUGGCCGAUGACUUCUUCUCCGCAAUUGUAGAAGGGAGGCCGGCCAAGAUCCCGCAGUACGACAAAUCCGCUUUCGCGGGGCAGGGCGACAGAGGCCCGGAAUCAGCAUGGGAGCCUGUCAAUCAGACAGGCCAGCCCAAAGUCCAAGUCGUGAUAUUCGAGGGCUGGUGCGUCGGCUUCAGGCCCCUUUCCUCCGGAGAGGUCAAGGCAAAGUGGGAGGCUCCUAGCAGGACGUUGAACUUGCACAGACUCGAGCAUCUGCUGUUCGUGAAUGAGCGGCUGAGGGCGUAUGAUCCGAUAACGGAGUUGAUUGACGCUUUCAUCCAUAUUGAUGCCGAGGACACACAGUAUGUCUAUGAUUGGCGGCGCGAGCAGGAAGUCAAGCUUCGGGCAGAGAAAGGUACGGGCAUGACAGAUGAGCAGGUCGUCAGGUUCGUGGAUGCUUACUAUCCUGCUUACGAGCUAUUCUCAGACAGAUUGAGGCAGGGCGUGCUCACAGGCAAGUCGGGGCGCCAACUGAGGCUCGUGGUUGGUAAAGACAGGAAAGUGAAGCAAAAUAUAAUUAUUUGAGACUGAUGAGAGCAGACAAACCUGCUCCCGUCUAUAUAAGCUAUACGAAACAAUCAUACCGAAAGGCCCACACGAAAUGAGCAAAAUGAUGCUAUGGAGCCAAUACCAAACUCCAGUUGAUGCGAUCGUCCAUGUCGUGAUUUUCAUA